GAUCGCUGGGUCUUUUCUUGGUAUUUGAAGAUUCUUCAAGCAAGCAUUAUGUCAACCGACACAGAUCUUUUUCUUUCUUCAUAUGAUGAAAAUCGGGGAUCCAAAUUUACCCAAAAAGCUGAAGAGGCACCAUUUGUCCCCAUUGGAAUGGCAGGUUUUGCAGCAAUUGUUGCAUAUGGAUUAUACAGAUUGAAGAGGAGGGGAAAUACUAAAAUGUCCCUUCACCUGAUCCACAUGCGUGUGGCAGCCCAAGGCUUUGUUGUGGGAGCAAAGACUCUUGGUAUGGGCUAUUCCAUGUAUCGGGAAUUCUGGGCAAAACCUAAAUCUUAGAAGAACAGCUGCUGUCUUGGUCUUUUUUUUUAAAAGACACAUUUAUUCAGCGUCAUGAUCAGACUAUUACAUUUAGCAAUCAACAGCAUGGGUGCAAAAAAAAAAAAAAUCUACAUUAAAACCCUUUGUUGGAAUGCUUUACACUUUCCACAGAACAGAAACUAAAAUAACCUGUUAUACAAUUAGUGACAAAUACAGUCCUCGAGUUUUUUGCCCAUACACAUGAGUAUUGUCUAAAACAUGUCUUCUUUGUA